AUGACGUCACACUGUAAUGCUGCUAUCCGCCGUCCCCGCACGGACGCUGAUUAUAUUCCUGCGCAUUUACGGCGUUUUGUAUUCCACUCACAGGACGAUUUCUAUAUCUCACGUCACUUUCAUCCAUUACUAUUGAUACAUCUCAUGUACGAAGGAUUUCUGCCCAUAGCUUCCGAAUUCCAGGAUCAAUGUUUUCUAUUGCCCAAGCUUCACCGUCAGCGUUGUGUCUUGUUAUUUAAACCAGAGACACCCGAGCACGUGCCCAAGAUUGUUCGUAAAAGAGCAAAGAAGUACAAGUUUGUACUGAACCGAGACUUUGAUAGUGUCGUUACUGGAUGCCACGAGAAACACGGUGUUCCAUGGCUUUACCCGUCUAUUGUCGAGACCUUCAAGACCUUAUACAAGGCUGGAAAGGAUACUAUCGAGCUUUGUCCUGGUAUUAAUGUUAGGCUCUUUACUGUGGAACUAUAUGAUGUAGCCACCGACACUUUGGUGGCUGGAGAACUUGGAUAUACAGUUGGUAGCAUUUAUACGAGCUUGACGGGAUUUAGUAGAGCAAAUGGAGCGGGUACAGUACAGCUACAUGCCCUAAGCAAGUUUUUGUACUUGGCUGGGUUUAAGAUGUGGGAUUUGGGCAUGUCUAUGGAAUACAAGAUGAGUCUGGGGGCUAAGGACUGUGAAAGGGAUGAGUUUCUUGAUCUGCUUUACAGAUGGCGUCAUGAACAAGUACUGAUGAAAUUAGAUGAGAAGAUGGGAGAGGAUGAUGUUAGUGUAGGUGGCGUAAUGGUUAAGAAUUUGUUUGGUCAUUCAAGACCUCCGACAGGAACUGCUGCGAAGAGCAAGGAUGCAACUCGAGGACAGCAGAAGAAAGAUAUAGCUGAAGAAAAGACUGGUGAAAUGAAGGACGUGAAUGAUGGAAAAGACCAAGAAGACGCAACGGAUGAGAAACGUGAAGCUGGUGCAAAACGAAAACUUUCGGUGGGUCAUCGGCAGCAAAAGAAUGAGGAUCAGGAGGGCAGAUCCGAUGCGGAUGCAAGGCCAACAAUAAAAACAAACGUACUGGUGAAAAAGAACGCUAACAAGCGCCUUGGCGCUAAUUGA